UUAUUCACAGGACUCGCCAUCUCGUAACCAAGAGCGUUUCCUUUUCAGGGACAGAAACUGCCGUCAAGGAGGUCGGAGGGAAAAUACUUUAAAACUCAAGAUUUAAACUCAAACGAGUACUAUUGGCACAUACAUCUUGAGCAGGAGUCAUGGGUGAUAUCAACAAAGGAAAGAAGGCGUUUGUCCAGAAGUGUGCCCAGUGUCAUACUGUGGAUGAUGGCGGAAAACACAAAGUAGGUCCAAACCUGUGGGGUCUGUUUGGCCGCAAGACCGGCCAGGCGGAAGGCUACUCCUACACAGACGCCAACAAAGCCAAAGGUAUCAUCUGGGACACGAACACCCUGAUGGUGUACUUGGAGAACCCCAAGAAGUACAUUCCUGGAACCAAGAUGAUCUUCGCAGGGAUCAAGAAGAAGGGCGAGAGAACAGACCUGGUGGCCUACCUGAAGUCUGCCACCUCGUAGACCCCACGCCCGUCCAGUGUAUAGACUUACCUACGCCGUUUGUUAUGAGUGAUCAGCUUUUCAGAACAGGCAAUCAUACAGAGAACUAGGCCAAGCCUUUAACAGUUAUGCCUUACGUCUGUUGUGGGGCUGAGAUGAGUUGUGUUUGACAUCUCGGGACCUGAAGGGUCUUAGAAGGGGGUUUGAAGGAGCAUUGGACACUUAUCACAGCUGUAUUUCCUUUUGUGUUUCUCUAUUUUUAUGGAAAUGAUGCAAAUUCCCUGGUUAAACAGGUGCCUUUAUAUGAUAAAUUAUUGAAACAUGGACUACAUAUGUAUUGAGUAAAAGCUGUGUAGAAUAUUUUGUUUUUAAUUAGAAAAAUUAGGAAAUGCUGUAACUGGUUUGAAUGCAUGCAUGUCUUACGCAUCUUGUCUUACCCAUGACAUCAGGUCCAUCUUGAUCACAAGGGAUUGCUUGGCUCCAGACUGUGGUUGUCUGACCCAAAUAGCCAAUACCUCACUUACUGUAUCUGCAUGUCAAAUGGAAUAUGUCUUAAAUUAACAUUUCAGUGGAAUAAACCUAAUUAACGUGU